AUGACAAGUAUUAAAUAUAAUAACCUCAGUUCUAAUACAAAGGAUGAGUCCUUGUAUACACAACUCAAACAGCUAGAACAAGAACUUGAGUUCCUAAAUGUUCAAGAAGAUUACAUAAAAGAUGAACAAAAAAGUUUGAAACGUGAGUUAAUUCGUGCAAAGGAGGAAAUUAGACGUAUUCAGUCUGUUCCUCUAGUCAUUGGUCAAUUUCUAGAAAUGAUUGAUUCGCAUUAUGGAAUUGUAUCUUCUACAGCUGGAUCAAACUAUUAUGUUAGAGUCUUGAGCACAAUUAAUAGGGAACAUUUGAAACCUCCUGCAUCUGUUGCUCUUCAUAGACACAGCCAUGCAGUUGUUGAUAUCUUGCCCCCUGAGGCUGAUUCGAGUAUACAGAUGCUUCAAAUGCAGGAGAAACCAGAUGUCACAUAUGCAGAUAUUGGGGGAAUGGAUAUACAGAAACAAGAGGUACGUGAAGCUGUAGAGUUACCUUUAGUUUGUCCAGAAUUAUAUCAGCAAAUUGGUAUUGAUCCACCAACAGGUGUUCUUUUGUAUGGCCCUCCAGGAACAGGGAAGACAAUGUUAGCAAAGGCUGUUGCAAAUCAUACUACUGCAACAUUCAUCAGAGUAGUAGGAUCUGAAUUCGUUCAAAAAUAUCUAGGAGAGGGUCCUAGGAUGGUUCGUGAUGUAUUUAGAUUGGCAAGAGAGAACUCCCCUGCUAUAGUUUUUAUUGAUGAAGUUGAUUCUAUAGCAACUAAGCGUUUUGAUGCUCAAACAGGGGCAGAUCGCGAAGUACAACGUAUAUUAUUAGAAUUACUCAAUCAAAUGGAUGGAUUUGAUCAGACAACAAAUGUUAAGGUUAUAAUGGCUACUAAUAGAGCUGAUACACUAGACCCAGCACUAUUGAGACCUGGGAGAUUAGACAGAAAAAUAGAAUUCCCACUACCUGAUAGGAGACAACGACGUUUAAUUUUUCAAACUAUUACUGUUAAAAUGAACCUUAGUGAUGAAGUUGAUCUUGAAGAUUUUAUAUCUAGACCUGAAAAGAUUUCAGCUGCUGAUAUUGCUGCGAUAUGCCAAGAAGCUGGUAUGCAGGCAGUGAGGAAGAAUAGGUAUGUUAUACUUCCCAAGGAUUUUGAAAAUGGCUGGAAAACUCAUAUUAAAAGAAAUGAACGUGACUUUGAAUUCUAUAGUGUAUAA